UGUAGGGUGUGUUUUUUUCCUUCGGAAAGGAAUUCGAUAAUCUCGUACAUUGUUUACAUUGGUUUAACGUACUAUUUGUCUUUAAAAUAAGACUGAUAUUAUCUAAUAACGCUACAUUUAAAGAUAAAUCGUUGGCACGGGAUAAUAGUGUAUUAGUGAAAUAUGAAUUAUUUUGCUUGAUUUUCACUUCCCGCGCUUUUUUUUCUGUGACUUUACCAAAGGGUUAAUUGUACGAAUAAGCGAAUAAAAAAUUAAUUACAAUAUGAAUAAAAUUAAUAAUUAUUUGUUUUUAUUUGUAAUAACAUUUUCGUCGAUAUUUUGCGAACCGAACGAUGCGACCGUUACACGUAUCCCGAUAUUGAAGUGUUGUCCACACGGUCAGGAAUUAAAAGUAACGGUUGAGAAUGGCAUUAAUAAGGUUAGCAACGAUUGUGAGAAAAGUACGACAGAUUGGAAACCCAACAUCUAUUCGCCGUCCUUACGAAAACAGUUUAACAAGCCGUUAGACGGCUGGAAUGUCUUGGAGGGUAGGAGACCCGAAUGUCGAGAAGAUUCUAUUUUGACUAGUAUAGUUUCGAGACCCUCUCUACCUUUUAUUUAUCUCGAAGAUGGCUUUGCCAUUGUCGAUGGAAAUGUCGAAGAACCGAUCGCACCUUCCGAUUAUUGUGCCGAUCCAAAUGCUAUCCUGGUUUGCGUUAAAAAAACUCCAGAAGGUAAUCAUGCAGCUGCUACCAUGAAACCAAAGAUUAGACGCUGUUGUGGAAAAUCUGCAGUUUUUCAUGAGGAAAAAGAAUCAUGCAGCUUUAUAAACGAGUCGGAAGACACGGCACCGUUAUUGGGAGAGUCAUCAGGAAUGGUGGAUAUAAUAUCAGGAUUUCCGGCUUGUCCUCGAGGAGACAAAUACACGAUCUUGGCUGAUGUAAAAGAUGCCGUAUUGCAGCCUGACGGUAGCAUGAAAGUUGACGGUGUUAUUUUACCGAGCGGCCAGUUUUGCGUUGAGAAGAUCAAGGAACUCAACCAGGCGGUCAAGGUCUUUGCCUGUUCCGAACACGCACCUCAAAGGCCACACGUGCAAGCAACAGACAUCAGGUUCACGCUCUAUCCCAUGGGCUUUAUCAUCAGUGCAGUGUUCUUGGCAGCAACCCUGGCUGCUGGUUGGCUGUUACCAGCGUCUCAUCACGUUUUGCACUGGCGAUGCCAGACUCAUCAUGUCGCUUGCUUGAUGCUUGGCGAUCUUCUCAUGGCUAUCAUUCAACUAGCAGGCGAUUCCCUACGCGGUGCAAGCUGCAAGACACUUGCUAUCAUGGCUCACUUCUUCUUUUUGGCUGCUUUCUUCUGGCUGAAUACUAUGUGCUUCAACAUCUGGUGGACCUUUAGAGAUCUAAGACCAGCAAGUUUGGAGAAAGGCCAGGAGACCUUGCGGCUCAGAGUGUACGCUUGUUAUGCUUGGGGUGGGCCCCUUUUGGUUGCGGGAUUGGCUGCCCUACUGGAUCAUCUUUCACCCCAAACUCAGUACACCUAUCUUAGGCCUCGUUUUGGAGAAAGGCAAUGCUGGUUUUAUGGUGACAUGGAAAUUCUCGCAUAUUUUUUCGGACCAAUCGGUGCACUUUUAGCCGUGAAUCUUCUCUUCUUUGCCGCCACCGCACGUGAAUUAACUUGCGGUCUUUGGAAGGGUGAAUUUGUCAAAAGCACUACCGAAAGCAGGGCUGCCUUGGGCUGGGUAUGCAUGAAGUUGGUGAUCGUGAUGGGUAUCACAUGGGUUGCUGAUGUUGUCUCCUGGGCAGUAGGUGGUCCACAAUAUAUCUGGUACUUCACCGACUUGAUAAACGCCUUCCAAGGUGUGCUGAUCUUCGCAGUGGUCGGUUGCCAACCUCAGGUCAGAGCAGCAUUGAAAAGACUUUGCAAUAGAAAUCCAAGAACUAACGCAAGUCGGCAGGGUAAUGGCCUUAGUACAACCAGUCACGGUAUGCCCAGCAUGGGUGAUAGCGUUACACAGAAUCCAAGUACGAAGACUGCACCGUUGGAAACCAUCUGUUAAACUCACUUCGAGAUGGUUCAAGAUUGAAAAUUAAAACAAUAAGAAGAAAAAAUAAAGGAUAAUCUUAAAGGAAACUUAAAUACGAAGACGAUGACAACGACAACGACGACUAUGACUACGAUGAUUACGACAACGACGAAGACGAAGACUUUGACAGGAUGCUUUGAACGUUUAGCAAACAUCAACGGUCAAUGCGUUUCCGUCCUAAGGUCAUUGACCUUGAAAAGAAACCCGUGUGGGUGGUUUAGUCAGGAAUGAGAAAGCCUAGAGGCAAAGGUGUAUGUAUUUCUAACGCGCCUUUUUUUUCUUUCUCUCUGGCGAAACUUUUACACAUAUUUAUUAAAAGACACAUAUACUUCAAGAUCCACGUAUAUGUAUUUAUAUGCAAUUGCGCGAAUACACGCUUGUGUGAUAGGUUCGAGAAUACUCGCGUAUGAAAUUGAACAAAAAAAGAAGUAAAUACAAUAAGAACUAUAAGAAGGCAAAAAAGAUUCUUUAAAUGACGAAUUUGUGUCAUUCUAAUCGAGAUACUCGUUGUUAUUAAUGUAUAUAAACAGAUGAAAGAUGAGAGAAAGAAAGAGAGAGGGUGAGGGGAGAAGAAGAAAAUACUUGACUAUUUACAGAGAUUAUUAAUAAAUUAUCGAUAUAUGAUAAUACGACUGAUAAAUGAUCAUACGUUUGUUACCAAUUUACAAAUCGAAUAUAGUCAUUGCGUCCACUUCUCUAAUAUCUUCGAAUCGAGCUUAAUUAAUUAAUUAUAUCUCUCUUUUGCACGACCAUCAAAAACUAUCCGUUAGUUUACGUUUGUUUUAUUUUCUUUUUCUUCUUUUUUCUUAACUUUCUUUUAACUCCUUUUAUUUCGAAUUUUAUUUAUAUAUAUUCGUACAACUUCUCUCGUGGAUCAUAAAUAAGAUCAUAAGAUUUUUAUUCAUGGGGGUGUUAACCAUUGGAAUAUUAAUAUCGGGACCACAAAAUUUGUAAUUAAGAGUACAAUUAGAAAUAAUAAAAAUUCUAAAAAAAAUUAUUCAUCAACCGAUCCACGAAUCUUCAUAAAAAAAAUUAUAAAUAAUAUAUUGCUUAGUGUCUUAUUGAAAUAUCCGGUUACUUUGUUGUACAAUUAUAUGUCAUUUGAAAUUAUCGUGUGUAUCAGUAUUGAAGAAAUUUUUCAUAAAUUUAACAUUUUAUACAUCAUUAAUUUUUUUUUAUUCUAUCCCAUCGCGAGAUAUCAAAAUAAAAAAAAAAUAAAAAAAGAUAAAUAGAUCUUUACGUCCAAAAAUACAGCCGAAAGUUUUUUUUUUUUUGUAAAAUCGUGAAAAAAGGGAGAAAAAGUCUUUUAUACUGAAGUAUUUUUAACGAUACUGCCAAUUUCUGUCAAAAAUCGUCUGGAAGUGUGCCAUUACAGAUAUAUACACAUGUCAUUUCAAAUUUGCAUUUCGCAUCGUCGAUUCAAAAUAGUCUUCGAGGUAUCAUCGAAAUACAUAAGUUCGAUCUACGUGAGUCACGAUCUAUGAUUUCCCUGAUCUAUGAUUUUCGACCUUUCGAAUCCCCUCUUUUCUAUAAAACAAAAAAUAGAAAAAUAGAAAAAUAGAAAAUAACAUCCUGUCCUAAUAUUAGUUUCUAAAAAUUGUUUUUUUUUAUGAAUGAAAAUAGAAAAGAUCGGAAAUAGCAAUGAUCGACGUUUCGUAAUAUGUAAUAAAAAUUUGAUGCCUUUUUAAAUGCCUUCCAGAUGUGUGACAAGUUUAACAUGCCAAAUUGUAUCGAAUUGACCAAUAAUUUAAAUAACGUCACAAUUUUCAGUAUUUUAUAUUUAAAUAAAUCAUUAUUAAUAACGUAUGUAUAUUGAAAUUAAAUUUUGGCUAGUCAAUAUGAUACAAUAUAACAUUAACUUUAAAAAUACUAAAGUUAUCA